AUGCAAGACCUCGCCAAUGGUGACAUCUCCGCAGACCUCAUAAUCUACCAAGAGAUGGAGUUUGUGCAGCGUGCGACGGCCAUGCGGCUGUUCGGCCGCGCGGCGGCCUGCUUUCGAAACCUCGCGGUCGUCACCGCCCACCUCGCGCACGAGGACGACAGCUACCCGCGUGCGCCCAACGUCAUGUUUUAUCAGCUGGCAACGGAGCUGCUCAAGCUUCGCGCGUACAGCUAUUGGGUGCAGCUGGAGACGGACUCAGUACCGCUGCGCCCUCGCUGGCUGGAGUAUCUAGCAGCGAGGAUCCCUCCACGGACAGACGGCUUUUGGGUCAAGGGGAGCGCUCCGAGGCAUCACUGCAGCUGGUGCAAUUUGGAGGAGGGAUACCACAUCAAUGGGAACGCUCUGUAUAACGCGCGCGACGAAGCCUUCCUCGCCUUCAUUCAGCGCACAUGGAGCUUUGCUGGCAACCACACGGAGCCGUACGAUGUCGCCCUCUUCGAACGGGCGCGUAGCAGCGACCGGAGUACUUGGACGAUGUUGGGCGGCAAGUCUGUCGGCCGGCUGUUUCAGUUCUCCGAUGUCAUCGUGAGCUACUACUGGCCCAUCGCAUUCGAACGCGCCGUGAGGCGCUACCCUUGCGCGACCCUCAAGUACGCCCCGCUCUGCCAGAACUCGGUGUUCUACUCUACGCAGUGCAACCUCUCCGCCCUCGCCAUUGGCCUCAUCGUGGGCGCGGCAUGCAUCGGCGGCAUCGUGACCCUGAUUCUAGUCGUGAUCGCCUGCAAGUGCGCCCUGAGCGACAAGGCCGCCGCCGCCCCCAAGGCGGCCUCCGCUGCGACGCCGGCCGCGAGCGGCCGAGCGAGCGCCUGCUCCACCACCCAGCGAAUGACCGCCGCAUGA